CUUUUUUUUUUUAGAAAACUCUGUGACUGUGAAAAUGGCGACUUCAUAACGUUGAAUUAUAAUGAUAGAAUUUUCGGUAUUUCUGAUAAAAUAGUUCGUAAUGUGUCUAAAUUCGAGAAUCUGUUUAAUCGGAUAAAAUUCAUGAAAAAGCAGGACAAAAAAUAUCCAGAUAAUGCUUCGAAACAGAAGUAAAAUAUCUCAAAACAAUCGUCGAAAUGCUAGAAAAAGAAAUCGGAGGAAUGCCGACGAACCUGACGAAUCAUCUAGCUCCUCUAAUGAGUUCGAUUCAUCACAACAGGAUUGCAGCAGUGAGAUACCAUUCGAUGACUCUAGCGAUUCAUGGCUUGAAGAUGAUGACGAUGAUGAUGUGUCGCCUGUGAUUGGACGAAAUUUGAAAAUUCGUAGGAAUCGAUUGAAUGCUAAAUCAAAACGUAGUAAUAAGGUGAUCAACAACCGAAAUCGCAAUUCCAGAUCAAAAAGGAAUUCCCACCGUUCAAGUGAUUCACAUGCCGCUGGGCCGAGUAGGGUAAAUAACAAUUCCAGACGUUCUAGAUCAGAGAAUUCGAACGCCAGGACUGCCAAAAGGAAGUUCAAAGACAGAAGAGAGGAUUCUGAUAGUUCUCUCAGUGAAGUUUGUAACACCUCGAGCGAAGAAUUUGAUGCGCCCCUUUUCCGUUUGAAGAAGAAAAGACCACGGCAUGCUAUCAACUUUAGUGAAAGCGAAGACUCAGAUGUUCAGACUAUCACAUCGAGGAGACAAACUUUAGUAGACUCCGAAAGCAGUACCAGUACCAGCGACGACAUAAUCACGGCUGGAAGAAUCAGACGUAAUGCUGGAGUGGUACCAUCGUGGUCAGAUUCUAGUGCUGAUAGCAUCGAGUUAAAUUCGCAAGAAACAAGUACAGUAGAAAGUAGCGGUUCUUCGUCUUUCAUUGUCUCAAGAAGAAAUCGUUCAAAUCGAUCGGUCGGAUACGUUGGAACGAGUGACUCUAGCAGUAGUUCUUCCUCCUUUUCCAGUAGUUUCGGCGUAGACUCUGAAGUGGCUAAUAUUACAUCGGUGCUAGACUCCGAAGCCAGUUCAUCGUACAAUACUGCGCCAUCAGUAAGCAGUAGUAAUGUUGAAAAUACUAAUAAAGAUCAGACAUCGGAUUCUGACUCGAGCGACUCAGAUGGUGAAAAAUGUGCAAUUUGCUUGAAAAAGUUCAGGAAUCAAUUGAUUGGCAAUCCUUCCAAUUGUGAACAUAAUUUUUGCGCUCCUUGUUUGAAGAAAUGGUCGGAGAGCUCUACCACCUGUCCCGUUGAUCGGUCUACGUUUGAUUUUAUCACAAUUAGAAGCGAAAUAAACGGUCCUGUGGUCGAUAAAUUCAAAGUAGAGAACCGAAAUUUUGGUGUUUUCCCGCCACUUGAUAUUGAUGAAGAAUUUCUCACUGAUGCAAUCAACUGCGAAAUUUGCGGUUCUGGAGAUGACGAAGAAACGCUGUUAUUAUGCGAUUUCUGUAAUUUGGGCUACCACAUGGCAUGUUUGCGACCACCUCUAUCAGCUAUUCCAGCCGGAGCAUGGUAUUGUCCUCCGUGUGUAGAUUUGCAUAGUACUCCCGCACAAAAUGUCAACGAGGCGUUUCGAUUUCUUCCUAACAUCGCUGCAGGAGGACCGUUCUUCUUUCUGUCAUCUGCUCGUAGACCGAAUAGGAUUGGUAUAAAUAGCAGUAGAUCUCGUCUUGGUGGCCCAUUGCCUAGAGGGCGAGGUCCUACGCGAGGAUUUCGAUCUCAAAAUUUAUCGAAUUCUCGCCUUCAGAAUUUAUCUAAUGUGAUAGAAUCGGUUAUGGCAAAUCUUAAUGUCGAAUCAACGUUACAAAAUAGACGUCGAAGAAAGCGUAGAAAUGGACGGGCAACUAGUGCAAAUGCGUUACAACAGGUAACGACCUCUGAAAAUUUGGUAACAACUUCGGAUGCUAAAUCAAGAAUCACAAGAGUAGUUAACCAAAGGAUGUCAUCGUCCUCAGGAAUUCCAAAUAUUCCCAGACCGAGAGGACCUCGUGACGUUGUCGAUAUGGUAUUUCCUUCUUUCAGUCUGUUUGGUGGCGAUGAUCUGGAUUACUUCUCUGACGGACCUGACGAACACGACGUUGAUGGCGAAGUUGCAAUAAUGGCCCGCGUCCGAAAUGAAUAUUCGGCGCGCAGAUUAGGAAAUCGUAAAAACAUAGUUGCAUCUUUGAACAAUUAUCACGAUCGAGGGGCAGCUGCUGCGUCAAUUGACGAAAUCACAGCAAAUGCAUCUUCAGCGAAUUUGCUCGAUUCGAUUUUGGAAAGUCAAACAUUGUGGCAUUCGAAAAACGUUGAAAUUAAAUCGAAAAAAGACGGAACGUUGGAAAUCAAGAGAAAAGAUGAGCGGAAACCCGAUCUCACAAAUACCAAUCAUUCAUCCAAAGAGAUACCCUUAUUUCCGAACAAAGGCGAUGGUGCGUCUGACAACAAAUCCUACUCGAGUAGCAAUAAUCGCUAUUCGUCAUUAGGAAAUAGCUCAGGUGGUGGCAGUAACUCGUUUACGUCAUCUACGUCUUCGUUCAACUCGCUCAAUCCGUCGAUUAGGCCUGGUUUCUCCAAUUUACUCGGUAACAGUUCGUCGGCGCUAGACUUAUCGCCAUUUAGAGGCGCUGCUCCUAUUAGGUUCCGAAUGAACCCUCCGAGGCCGAUGAUGCGACGACAAAAUUAUAACUCCAACUCGCAAAGACAACCGUCCAGUUCACCCGCUUCGUUAUCAAACUCAGUGCAAUCUCCUAAAAAGUCAUCAACUGUUGGCAAUGCGGAAGAAGAUGUCGAUUUGUACGACGAUAUCGAAACCGAGAAUGCUGAGAAUGAAAAAGCGCAAGAGAUAUUCGGUUCUUUGGAGCCUCCUCCUGAACCUCCAGCGUUGCUCAUUGGCAAUGAUUCGUCGUCGUCGGAUGAUGAAAAUAACGGUUUGGUGAUCGAUGAUAAAGCAGUUAAUAAAAACAAUAUUUACGAUCCCAAUGAACCGAAUGAAGACAGUGAUACUGAAAAUAAUCAAGAUAAAAACUCCAAUCUUGUUCCGAGUUACUUGAGGUCUCCGUCGUACGGCGGAUUAUCAGAAUUUGGGCCUCAUUUACCAUUACCUGAGCCUCCAGCUUUACCCAUAGAAUUAGACUCAGUUAAAGAUUCGGACGAAGAAGAAGAAGCGGAAUGCCCAAAUAUGACUUUAUACUCGAGUACUAGCAUUAAUUUAGCUAAUAACGUACAAGAUAUACCUAUACCAGAUGCGGCGUACCCUCAAGAUGAAUUGGAAUGCAUACCAAUCCCUACUCCUGCGGUCAAAGAAGAUACUACGACUACGAACACAGAUAGUAAAUUGUACAGUCCUACGGAUAGAAAUGACUCUGAAACUAGCUCGUUAGCCGAUGUAGAAAUCUCUUCACCUCGAAAAGUAUUGCCUAAACGACGCGAUACUUCCGAAAUUCGUUCCGUGUCGUCGCGCGGCUCAUCUAGAGAACCUAGUGAUAGAUCUUCGGCCGACGAGUCGGAUCGUAGUGAUCGUUACGAAAAUAUCAAGAAACGUUCCAGUCGUCGUCGAUCCAAAGAAAACAACAGAACGAGAAGACGAAGCAGCGUAAAUAACGCUUCCAUUAUCGAUCCAGAACGCGUCAAACCGUCCAAAGAAAUCGAUCUGACUGAAAUCGAUUCGAACGAUGAAAAAGAGCCAAUUCAAAGCGACGACGAAUCUGUCAGUGAUUCUAAAGCAGACGCCGAAGAAAUAGAUGACAAAUACGACGUAAGUGCAGUCGCUGUUGAUGAAAAUGACGAAAACGAAGCUGAAAAGUCUGACAACGACGAAGAAGCGGAAGAGAAAAGCCCCAUCGAUGCCGCGAGUACUAAAUCUGUCAACGAAGAUGACAAAUCUGAUAGCGAAGACGGAGAUAAAGAACGUGAAAAAGACGCGGUGGAUGAAGCUGAUAAAGAGAAACCAAUCGAAGAUGCCGGUGUCGAUACAUCUUUAGAGGCCGAAGUUGCCGAAAAAGCGCCUGAAGACGACAGCGCCAAUGCUUCUGCUAACGACGCGAACGUUUCUGGUAAUUACCUACUUCCUUCCGAAGAUUUAGAUCCAGUCUCUGAUGUCGAGUAUAAUGACUUCUCCGAGUGUCCGAAAUCGUCUUCGAUUCGCGACAAACGCAAGAAACGUAAGAAAACCAGAAGACGCGAUUCGUCGACCGAUAAUAAAACUGCUGCCGAAGCUAAAGAAUUAGAAGAGGGUGAAAUCGAAGAAGAGAAAUCCAAACGCAAAUAUUCGUCGCAGAAGAAAAAAGGUCGUAGCGUAACACCCGAAAGAUCGCCUGAUCGUAGACUGAAAAAGAGAAGAGAUCGGAAAGAAAAAACUACUGGAAAAGAGAAUAAAGAAAGCGGAGCCGGAGGCAAAACUGCUGGCGGAGCAGGUGGCACUUCGGCAGAAGACUUACGGUGGAAAAAAUUAUCAAAAAAUACCAAAGAACGAAAUUACCGUGACGGUAAACCGAGACCAAACGAUAAAACGGAUAAAGUUAGAGAUCGCGAGAUUAAAAGCCGAAAAGAAAAACGGAAAGAGAUAGAAAGGUACGACGUUCGUAAAAUUGUCUCGGAUAAACCGCCCAGACCUGUUCGAGAUGAAUUUGGCAGAGAUGUGUCCGCCAAUAGAUCACGUUCAAGGACACGCACCCGUUCGUUAAGUUACUCAGGCCGGAAACGAUCGAAAGGUGGUACGACGAGACGUUCUUUUAGCCAAGAUGACCGAUGGAUCGAUUGGUCACCGGUUUGGAAUCAGCGUAGAUCUCGUAGUCGAACAAGGCGUACUCGUAGUCGAUCGAGAAAUCGUAGUCGACUCAGCGGCGACAGAUACAGAAAUCGUUCCAAGAACCGCGAUCGCGAACGCGAGUACGAUAAACGAGAGCCGCGUAAACGAAAGAGGAGCGUUUCUUCGGAUAUUAAUAAGUAUACGCCGCCACAAGCCGAACUAAAGAAACGCCGCAGAUCGCGGGAUCGAUCGCGUAAAUCAGAAAGUUACGCGGCGGCCGCUCUCCGGCCGUCUGACCGAGAACGCGAUAUCCCGCCAGAAUAUUACUACGAAAGAUCGAGAUCCUGGUCUAGGACACUCUCGUAUGCCAGUUUAACUCCCGAGCCGGAACAGUACGUUAGGUAUUCGCGAUCACCGUCCAUUAUCGAACAGCCUACUAGAAUGCCGCUCGUUAGUCCGGAUCGUGAACGUGGUAUAAUAGCUCAAAAUCCUCAAAAUCUGACUGUAAUCGUACCUAACGUUGAUCUAAGUAAAAAGAAGCAUAAGAAGAAAAAAGAAAGUAAAAAGAAAAAGAAAAAGCAACCGUCGAAGGAAGUAUUCACCUCGGGUGAUAACAUCGUUGUCAGCGUAAACUUCGAUGAUAAUCAGAAAAUAAUCAGCGCCAAAAGUUCAAAAAGGAAACACGACGAUGAAAAAGGCCGUAAGAGGAAGGAAAUACGUAAAAAACGAAAACAAACGUUGCAAGUGAGCGACGAAGUACUGAACGCGAAACCGGUUGCUGUGAUAGAUCUGAAUUCGUCUCCGUGUAAAGAAAUGUCGCCAACGGAGGUGAUUUCUCUAACGGACAGUGGCGACGAAGCGAACGUAAUUAUCGAAAGCGUCGUUCCGGCCGAUCGCCGUAUCGUAACAUCCCAAGAAGACGCUAAUAAAUCACCGAAUGAACGAAGAGCCUACGUAAUGACGCAAUCUGGCCCGAAAACGCCACCCGAGCCACCGAUCAAAUUCACUUUGAAUUCGACGGCGCCGAAUCGACCUCUGGCGACAAAUCCCAUCUUCGAACAGGAUGAAAUUGACGGCGAAGACGCGAUGCAUUAUAACAAAGGACCGAAUACACCGCCUGAACCGGCCGGUCAAACUCGUCGCUCGAUUUCACCCAGUACGACAAUGUACGAUCCGUUCGAACCGACUAAAUCACGUUCGCAGAGCCCCGAAAAUACGCAAUACGACGAACGUAAAGACACAUCUGGCGGAGUCACGGCCGAGGAGAGGCGUCCGGUGAUCGAUAUGUUCUCCGACGACGGCGACAAACCAGUCGGCGAAAGUCAAGGUAGUGGAGCAUCGGCCGAAAAAUCCAAAUCGCAAGAGGACAUCGUCAAAGAAACAAGCUCUUCGGUUACUCCGACGAAAUCCUCGAUUGCCGAUGACGUGGCACCGUCAACCAACACCAAAAGUCCGGCCAAAGACGCGUCGGCCUCCGACUCGGCCAAAGCUAACGAGACGACGCAAUCGAACGGCGUGAAUACACUGGUCUUAGAUUUGUCCAGCUUGGGUGACGAUUUCGUACCUAAAUCGUCGAUACCGUUGGUGAAAACCAGCCAAGGCAAGUACGAGUUCCAAAGCGGCAAAGCUCCCGAUAAACCAAUCACUGUGGUUAUUUCGCAACAAUCGCAACCGGUUAAACCGCAGCCUCAACAAGUGAUGGUCACACCGACCCGACAAAUACCUCCGAAACCAGUCGAACCAAUGAAACAACCCAUUUUCCCAGAUCUACUCUCGUGGAAGCUGCCUCCACCUAUGUCGCAAACCAACUUCUCAACACCACCGCCGACCUCUUCGUUGUUACCGCCCGGUAUUCUAAUAACGCCUUCGAAAUCGGCACCCGGCAUGCUAGCUCAAAAUGGCAACCAAGAUGAGAGUAGCUUCGAAAUUGAUGACUCUCCUUAUUCACCCGCUAGCAGCGAAGGCGACGAUUUAUUCGAACCGCCGCCUCUGAACGCGUCCACGGCGUCGCCCAAUAAGCAACGACCGUCACCUAUGCCAGCGGUCAAUUCUUUCAAAUCCAGGGUGGACGCGUUAUUCAGUUCGUCACCCAUGAAAAAAGCACCUCCGAGAGGUAACGUUCCGCCUCAUAUUUCCAAACCAGUAUCCGCCAUCAAGGGUACCAAGAAAAUACUUAAACCUCCACCACCGAUUCCUAGUAGUAAAAAAGACAUUGGAAGUAAAGCGGAUGAAGAACAGCUUAAAAUUCUCGACGAUGUACCAAAUUCAGCCGUCGAAAUGAUGGUAAAAGAAAAAUUCCUAAAAAAAUUACACCGACAAGAACGAGUCGUCGAAGAAGUUAAAGUUGUUCUUAAGCCACAUUACGCCAAAAAACAUAUUACUAAAGAAGAAUACAAAGACAUACUAAGGAAAGCUGUACCUAAGAUUUGUCACAAUAAGUCUGGUGAUAUAAAUCCUAGCAAGAUUCAAGGUUUGGUGGAAGCUUACGUGAAAAAGACUAGAUAUGCUAAGAAAAAGCCUACCAUGGGAGCUGGUGCGCCGUUAUUCCCACCUAUGAAAACUGCUGGCAAAACUAAGAAGCCAUGGUUUUUAAAUUGUAGGCCUUAUUCCCCGUUGCGUAAGGAAUGAGAGUUCUCGAACAAAAAUCGCUAUGGGGUUGAAGCAAGUACGAUUUCAUGUCGCUGAUUUGUGUACAGAUAUUAUAUAUUUUUAUAUAAACUUAGUUAUUUAAUUGGAUAAAAAAAAAUGUACAAAAUUCAGAACUUGUGUAUCUGAAACCAUUUUGUAUUGUUUGUUUAUGUUUAAAUAUGAAUUUGAUUGUUUUACGUAUAUAAGUAUUAUUAAUAUCGCAUAAUCUUAUGUAAAAAGAUUCUUUUAAACAGAAUAAUAACGACUUGAGACGCGUUAAUGUAAAAAGCCCUUCAUUUUACAACUUUUACUUUAUACAGUUUCUCUUUCUUGUUUUAUUCGAUUACUUCGCCUAUAAGCAUGUAAACGAAAAAGUAUAUAUUAUUGAAUUAUUCACUUUUUUAAUUUUUUUUUCUCCCCUUUCGUCGCGUUUUAUUUUUAUUUAUUUUGCGAGUGAGUUUUUAUUAAGACAAAAACUUGACAAUGUUUUUUCCUCCCCUCUCCCUCUUUUUUUUACAACUCGGACGCGUACUUUGUAUAAAUGUUCCUUGGUAUAAUAAUUACCUACGCGGAUUGGUAUCAUGUGAAACGUUCAUCAUGAUAUUUGCAUAAUUCUUAACGUAAUUAUGGCUGGCUCUCCUGUAUGCAUGUAGCAUUUUGUACGAUAUUUAUACGAUCGAAAAAAAACUGGUUUUUAGCGCGCUUUUAUACAAUAUUUUGUUGGAAAUUUAUCGUAAACUCGAUAAUCGAACAAAGAUUUACGUUUUUAAUGCAAAAAAAAACCACGUACGAGGAGAAUAUUAAUCAUUAAGUAUUUAUUUUUUUAGCGUAGCUUUUUGUUUUUUUUUCUUUCGUUUUUUUAAAAAAAAAAGAAUUUCUGGUGUAGUUUAAUUGUAAAUUUCAAAUAUAUCACGAAAUAUAAUCCUGUUUUUAUUUGUUAUAAUCUCUACUUCUCUAGCGAAAUAAUGAACGUGUGAUGGAUAACUGAUUGCGAGUAGUUUUAAUUAGCUUGAUUCUUGUUGUGAAUUAAUAAUUUACUGGAAAGUGUGGACAUGUGUCGUGAAUUUUUCAUUGUACGGAAUAUAUAUUUGAAUAAAUAAAAGUCAACGUUGAUUAAAUAA